GUAAAGUGUUGUUUACAAAAGUAAUCCAUAACCUGCUACAAUCCGGCGACACGAACAAUUAAAUUUGAAAUCUCCGCCACCCUUGAAGAUUUAAUUUACAGAAAUAUUAUUGAGUGAUAGGAAAUGUCAGAAAAGGACCAACAGAUUACAGAAACUUUGAACAAGAUUAAUGAUUUGAGAUAUCGAGCCGAGAAGGCGGAGGCUACGGAUAAUGUACACCGAUUACUUUCGCUCCUCGAGACGUUAAAGGUUCUUGAGAAGCAAGAAGUGGAAAUUGAAUCAAAUUACAGUGAAAAAUGUGCUAGACUGCAGUUGGAAGUUAACGAGUUGGCCGAGAUGGUAGAGAGUGAUGAUCAUGGGGAGAGUUAUGCUCGUGUAGUUGAUCGGUCAUUGGCUAAUGCUCUCGAGAGACUGAAUUUAGCCAAAACGGAUCUUGCUUUGAGGCUGAGGGAAAUUACAUCAUUGAAGCGCCAGUGUGAUGAGGUGCCAACACAAGCAGAACUCGUCCAGUAUGAACGUCGUUUUUCAGAACUUAAUGCUCACAUCCAGAGGAGGCUUCGACAAACUCGUAAAUACUAUGCCACCUAUAACGCGUUGAUGGAAAUAAAAGAUCUGAUGCUAAAGGAAACAUCCUUGUUAAACUCUAUGAGUUCGCAGUUGCAUGAUGCGCUUAACAGUCCUGGUCGUGUAACAUUGACUAGUUCCUUGGAGGGAAUUUCAAAGAGUAUUCAACAGAAGCUUCAAAAUGUGCAACUUACACUACAAGCAGAGCAAAAAGCUUGUGAAGCUUUGAAGAAAAAGCUUGCUGCAGCAAACUUGGAGAAAAGGCGUUGCUAUGCUCUGUUAAAGGCAUUUCAAGAAGAAUGCACUAGGAAUGAGAGACUUCGGAAUCAAACUCUAGACAUUCAAAUGUGAACUGUAACUCUUUGCAAAGAUUGGUACAAGAUCCAAGUAUCCAACCAAUGCGGAGCUUGAAGCCUAACCCUACUUCAGAGAACCUGUUCUGUAUCUUAUUUUGUAUAUUUACGAGGUUUUGUUUUAUGCUUUACUUGAACUUUCUGUAUAUUUUGAUUAGUAUUUAGCAACCCAGCCUUAAAUAGUUUUUUAAGUCACCAUUUUGAAAAA